AUGGCUGCUGUUGUCCAACAGAACGACCUGGUAUUUGAGUUUGCUAGUAACGUCAUGGAGGAUGAACAACAGCUUGGUGAUGCAGCUAUUUUUCCUGCGGUAAUUGUGGAGCAUGUUCCUGGUGCUGAUAUUCUCAAUAGUUAUGCGGGUCUAGCUUGUGUGGAAGAGCCCAAUGACAUGAUUACUGAGAGCUCCCUAGAUGUUGCUGAAGAAGAAAUCAUAGAUGAUGAUGAUGAUGACAACAUCACCCUUACAGUUGAAGCUUCCUGUCAUAAUGGGGAUGAAACGAUUGAAACUAUUGAGGCUGCUGAAGCACUCCUUAAUAUGGAUUCUCCUGGCCCUAUUCUGGAUGAAAAACGAAUAAAUAAUAGUAUUUUUAGUUCAUCUGAAGAUGACAUUGUUGUUGCCCCAAUCACCCAUGUAUCCGUCACAUUAGAUGGGAUUCCUGAAGUGAUGGAAACUCAGCAGGUUCAAGAGACAUAUGCACACUCACCAGGAGCCUCCUCACCAGAACAACCUAAGAGGAAGAAAGGGAGAAAAACUAAACCACCACGACCAGAUUCCCCAGCCACUACACCAAACAUAUCUGUGAAGAAGAAAAACAAAGAUGGGAAGGGAAACACCAUUUAUCUUUGGGAGUUUUUACUGGCACUGCUCCAGGACAAAGCUACUUGUCCUAAAUAUAUCAAAUGGACCCAGAGAGAAAAAGGCAUUUUUAAAUUGGUAGAUUCUAAAGCAGUAUCCAGAUUGUGGGGGAAGCACAAAAAUAAACCUGAUAUGAAUUAUGAGACCAUGGGAAGAGCUCUCAGGUACUAUUACCAAAGGGGUAUUCUGGCAAAAGUAGAAGGUCAGCGCCUGGUGUAUCAGUUUAAGGAAAUGCCAAAAGAUCUUAUUUAUAUAGAUGAUGAGGAUCCAAGUUCCAGCAUAGAAUCUUCAGAUCCAUCACUGUCAGCAACAACCACUUCAAGCAGGAACCAAGCAGGCCGAUCAAGAGUAUCUUCAAGUCCAGGGAUAAAAGGAGGAGCCACUACAGUUCUAAAACCAGGGAAUUCUAAAGCUACUAAAACCAAAGAUCCUGUGGAAGUUGCACAGCCAUCAGAAGUUCUGAGGACAGUGCAGCCCACACAGUCUGCAUAUCCUACUCCGCUCUUCCGGACUGUUCAUGUAGUGCAGCCAGUACAAGCCGUCCCAGAAGGAGAAGCGGCCAUAAUUAGUUGUGUGCAAGAUGAAACAGUAAAUUCCUCGGUUCAAAGUAUUAGGACUAUACAAGCUCCAGCCCAAGUUCCAGUGGUCGUGUCUCCUGGGAAUCAGCAUUUGCAUACAGUAACACUCCAGACAGUGCCACUCACAACAGUGAUAGCCAGCACAGAUCCAUCGUCAGGUGCUGGGUCUCAGAAAUUUAUUUUACAAGCCAUUCCAUCAUCACAGCCCAUGACAGUACUGAAAGAAAAUGUGGUGUUACAGUCUCAGAAGCCAGGCUCUCCUCCUUCGAUUGUCUUGAGUCCUGCCCAAGUACAGCAGGUUCUUACGAGCAAUGUCCAGUCCAUUUGCAAUGGAACCGUCAGCGUGGCUUCAUCGCCACCCUUCAGUGCUACUACCCCUGUGGUGACAUUUUCUCCUCGCAGUUCACAGCUGGUUGCCCACCCACCUGGCACUGUAAUCACUUCAGUUAUCAAAGCUCAAGACACAAAAACUCUUACCCAGGAAGUAGAGAAAAAGGAGGCUGAAGAAGAUUUGAAAGAAGACACUGAGGAAACCGAGCAACAGCCACAGUCUUACGUGAUGGUGGUUUCCAAUUCCAAUGGACUUACUUCUCAGGUAGCUAUGAAACAAAAUGAACUGCUGGAACCCAACUCUUUUUAA